AUGGCGGUUAAAUUCCAGGCUGCAAUGCAGUUCUCACCUCGGCAUUCGAGUUGUGGCCCUACAGGUUCGCAGGCUCGAGUCCCUCUCUGGCCAGCGAAGUCACCUCUGCGGUCGGGCUUGGAGACAAGGGACACAGUGAAGUUCGUUUGUCGCAUCGGAUCGUCUUCUCACUUCAUUCUAAACUCCGGGUCGCGUAGGAACGAGGAUUGGUUGCAACUUUCUAUACACCCUGUUGGUGUGCCGGUUGGUUGGCGUGUUUGCCUGGCCGAACGACGCCCGAUCCGAAGUUGA